AUGAGGCCCCUCCCUGGCCUCGCAGCAUUGGCUGCGAUAGCCAUGGCUAGCACCGAUGUCAUGGUGCCUCUCUAUGUCUACCCGGGGAAUACCACAUGGACAAACCCAAAUUGGAAGGCCGCCAUCGACGCCAUCAAGGAUAACCCAGACAUGCACUUUUACAUUAUAAUUAAUCCAAACAACGGGCCUCAGAACACCAGUGAUCCCUCCGGCUUCAACGAGGGCUACUGCAAUGUCGAGAAUGAUGACUACAUCCAACACGGCUGUAAUCGUGACUGGACCACACACCUGGCAGACAUCAGCAAACUCUCCAACGCCCAGACCAUUGGCUAUGUCUACACCAGGUAUGGCCAGCGGCCAGCCGACGAGGUCAAGGCCGACAUAUUAGAGUGGUCCAGGUGGGACAGGUCUCCCACUUGGGACGCCAACAAGGACGCCGACAUCUCCAUCCACGGGCUCUGGUUCGACGAGAUCGGCUCCUCCCCCGUCAACGCCUCGCUGUACCAGGAUCUCGUGACCUACGCGAACGAAACCUUCGAGGCCAAGGGCAAGGACAAGGGCAAGUACACCGUCGUCCUCAACGCCGGUCACGUCGUCGACCCGGACUACGAGGCUCAGCUCUUCAACAUGGCCUCGGCAGUCGUGACCAAGGAGACGUGUUAUACCACCGACCCGGACGCCGAGGACGUCUCCUGGGACUGCCCCAUGCCCUACACCCCGUUCGAGGCGGCAGACCUCACCACCGGCAACGGCAUGCCACACAACAGCGCCUUCCUGCCGCAGAGCGUCGUCAUCGUGCACCAGUUCCGCGGGCCGACCAACGCCUCGUUGCAGAUGCUCACAGACCAGAUUGACGGCGUCGUCGACCUCGGCUUUCACAGCACGUAUUUCACCAGCGGCAGCUGGCACAACACCACCCUGGAGCCUGCCACGAUCGGGAACGUCGCCAAGAUAUUGAGCGAGGCUAAUGAUGCUCCAAGGCUGGCUCAUUCUUCAACUUGGGCGGUAUGGGCAUCGUGGGCCUGUGCUUUCUUAGUAUACAGCCUCUUUAAUAUAUAA